GCUCAUCAUCGACAGCUUACCAGGUCGGUGAGGUCCCAAACGCCGAUGAUGUCCCGGGCAUCUGCGAAGCCGUCGUGCGCGCGGCCAUGGGGGACGCGUUCGAUGCCCACGCUGAUGGAGAUUCAACCGGGCUUCAUUUCGCCCACACUCGUGCUAUCAGGCUUCGUGUAGAGAACCUGCUCCUGAUGUAUGGUGCGGGGCAUUUGUUGCUCAAGGACUGGGCUGCAGAUGUAGGACACCACGCUGGAGAUGCGGAAGAAUUGCCGGUAUGGUGUGGUAGGAUCUAUCUGCUAAUCCCAGUUUCAAUGAACCAGGAAGGUCACAACGGGGCCGGCAAGACCACCCUCAUGAAAGAAAUCGCCGCACAUCGCAUCGUGGGCAUGCCGUCGGACUUGAAGUGCGUCCACGUGGACGACUCGAAGCUGGGGGAAAUGAGCAAGAGCUACUUGACAGCGCUGGAGUACUGCAUCAAGAUGGCCAAGGAUAUUGGCGUAAACGAUGCAGGAAGAGACACUCUGCUGAAGGUUGGCUUCGAUGAGGCCAAGCUAAACGAUCCGGUUUCGGAGCUGUCGACAGGAUGGAGGAUGCGCUUGACCCUGGCCGUGUCGAUGCUGAAGCACGCAGAUCUGGUUCUGCUGGAUGAGCCCACGAACCAUCUGGACGAGGAGUCCGUCCGGUGGCUAAGCGACUACAUCCUGUCCAUCACAUCAUCUUCCGUCAUGGUCAUCUCUCACGAACCCAAGUUCCUGAACAAGAUCUGCACUCAUGUGGUCGCAUAUGUGGACAAGAAGCUGGAGUACACAGAAGGCAACUUCGACAUCUUCGCCCAGAAGAAGGGUCUGAGCAGGGAGCAGAUCGACUCCAUGCUUUCUGGUAACUUGAGCUUCGACACGAAGAAGGAGGGCGAGGAUGAGGAGGAAGGCAAAGCACUGUUGAUGCCAGCAGUGCUCUUAGCAUUGCUAGAUAUCCUGGUAUGGAUCAUGGCAGUAGGAGUUCGCGACUUGCUUGCUCCCCCUGCUCACGCUGACAGGCACGUGUCCUUCCGGUUUUCGAAGGACAAGGAUUACCUCUUCCAAGACUGCACCGGCAAGCUGAGUCUAAGCUCUCGCGUGGCCAUCUGCGGCAGGAACGGCUGCGGAAAAUCGACCCUAAUGACAUUGUUGUGCAGCGAGUUGCAUCCCUCGGACAACAAGGACGGCGGCCACGGGGAGGUCUGGCGACAUCACAACCUCCGCCUCGCUUACAUGAAGCAGGAUCACCUCAAAGCCUUGGGACCCUUCUUCGACACUUCGCCGUUUGUAUACAUCACCGAGCGCUUCAAGGAUGGCUACGACGGCGAUCUUCAGAAAAGGCUGAUAGAGCCAGAAGAUGAAGAAGAUGCCCUGCGGCGGAAGGAGCUUGCAAAGCAGCAUGGCAAGUACGGCAACGAAGUUGCGGAGUUGGUGAGCCGAACGAAGGUCGGCAACCACCUGGCCUAUGAGGUUAGAUGGGACGGGUUGGACGAUCCGAAGCAGAACACUGUGGAGCCCAUCUCCAAGCUGAAGGCGAUGGGCCUGGACAAGGUCAUCAUCGCCUGCGACGAGCGGAUCGCCGCCAAGGCCGCGGGCCUCGACCAGCGUCCGCUCACACGGCGGGAGAUUGUCAGGCAUUGCGAGGCUUUCGGCAUCGAUGAGGAGAUGUGCUGCAAUCGUCAGAUUCGCGGCUUCUCCGCUGGACAGAAGGUGCGGCUGUCCUUAGCAGCAAUGUUUUGGACAAAGCCGCAUUUCAUCGCUCUGGAUGAGCCCACGAACUAUCUGGAUGUUGAGACGGUGGAUGCACUGGGCAAGGCUCUCACGAACUUCCGUGGGGGAAUCAUCAUGAUCGAGCCCAAGAGCGACUUCGUAGAGCGGAUCUGCAACGAGAAAUGGGUCCUGGAGGCGCGCGAACAGCAUGCCAUUCGAACUUCUUUUGGGCUCUCCUGA